GAAGGAAAAAUCAAACGGUGUGGGGAGAGAAGUUUGGUAGGAGCAAAUCACACAAAAUCAGGGAUGGAUAUAGAUAUAGUGCCACUAAAAGCUGCACAGAGAGGGAGCAUUGAAUGCUUUCUGCAACUUCUUUGGACACACACAUCACAACACUCACUGCCGCUACUUACUACUAAACUACUGCUUUCUUACAUUCUCUGCUCUGGGUUUUUCUAUUUCUCGGGUCAUCUUCAUUCUCCCCUCCAAUCACCCUUGUUGGGUCUCUCUCAAAUCCCAAAUCGCCUUUAGCCAUGAACCCAACACUCUCGCUUGAAUCUCUGGAACAAGGAGCUGCCCAACAGAACAUGAAGAAGGUAUCCUGUUCCGCAGUGCUCACAUUGGCUUAUCAGAGUCUUGGAGUGGUUUAUGGUGACCUCAGUACCUCCCCUCUUUAUGUUUACAAAGCCACCUUUGCUGGGAAGUUGAGCCUCCACGAGAAUGAUGAAGAGAUUUAUGGGGUCCUUUCCUUCAUCUUCUGGACAAUUACUCUCAUUGCUCUCUUCAAAUACAUCUUUAUUGUGAUGUCAGCAGAUGACAAUGGCGAAGGUGGUACAUUUGCAUUAUACUCUCUACUCUGCCGACAUGCAAGACUAAGUAUCCUGCCCAAUCAACAAGCGACUGAUGAGAAGUUGUCUGCAUAUGUAACAGAGGGUUCAGCAGACACGUGGCAGAGUUCUGCAUUGAAGUUGUUCCUUGAGAAACAUCCAAAAUUCCGAGACAUGCUAUUGAUUUUUGUUCUGCUUGGGACCUGUAUGGCGAUUGGCGAUGGUAUAUUCACUCCUGCAAUAUCAGUUCUUUCAGCAGUUUCAGGUGUUAGACUUAAAGUCACUAAACUUCAUGAAAAUUAUGUCAUUAUAAUCUCGUGCAUUAUAUUAGUGGGGUUAUUCUCCCUGCAGCAUCAUGGGACACACAGAGUUGCUUUCAUGUUUGCUCCAAUUGUCACGGCAUGGCUGCUGUGUAUUAGUGGCAUUGGGAUAUAUAACAUAAUCCAGUGGAAUCCACAAAUAUUUCAAGCACUUUCUCCUGUGUAUAUGUUGAAAUUUAUUAGAAGCACAGGUACUGAAGGAUGGGUGUCAUUAGGAGGAGUGGUGCUUGCAAUCACAGGUGUUGAGACAAUGUUUGCUGAUUUGGGCCAUUUCUCUCCACUCUCAAUCAAGAUAGCCUUCACAUUUCUGGUGUAUCCUUCUUUGAUUCUUGCAUACAUGGGUGAGGCUGCAUUCCUCUCUAGGCACCAUGAUGAUAUUCAAAGAAGCUUCUAUAAAGCCAUACCAGAAGCUGUAUUUUGGCCAGUUUUCAUUGUGGCCACUUUUGCAGCUAUUGUGGGAAGUCAGGCUGUAAUAUCUGCCACCUUUUCUAUUAUAAGCCAGUGCUGUGCGUUGAAUUGCUUUCCACACAUAAAGAUUGUUCAUACUUCCAGUAAAAUAUAUGGGCAGAUAUACAUUCCAGAGGUCAAUUGGAUGUUAAUGUGCCUCUGUUUAGCUGUGACAGUUGGAUUAAGGGACACAAGCAUGAUAGGUCAUGCUUAUGGGCUGGCAGUCACUACUGUUAUGCUCGUGACUACUUGCUUGAUGGCAAUGGUGAUCAUAAUUGUGUGGAAGAAAAAUAUAAUCACUACUAUUUCUUUUUUACUGUUUUUUGGAACACUGGAACUGCUCUACAUCUCAGCAUCACUCUCCAAGGUUCCAGAGGGUGGGUGGAUUUCACUUGUUUUGUCUUUGACCCUUAUGGCUAUAAUGUAUGUAUGGAAUUAUGGGGCAUUGAAGAAGCAUCAAUUUGAUGUGGACAACAAGGUCUCAAUGGAUAGGAUAUUGGCUUUGGGGCCUAGCCUUGGCAUGGUCCGGGUCCCCGGAAUUGGUCUCAUUUAUACUAAUGUGGCAACGGGAGUUCCAUCUGUUUUUGGACACUUUGUGACGAAUUUGCCUGCUUUCCAUGAGGUGUUAGUUUUUGUGUGCGUGAAAUCUGUUCAAGUUCCCUAUGUCAGUGAAAAGGAAAGGUUUCUCAUUGGCAGAGUUGGUCCAAAAGAGUAUGGCAUGUUCCGGUGCAUCAUCAGGUAUGGUUACAAGAAUCUGCAACAAGAAAACUACAACUUUGAGAAUAGAUUGGUAUCUGAAAUCUUACAAUUUGUUGAAAGAGAAGAAGAUGCAUUGAAAACAACCACUGAACCAUCUAGAUAUUCUGGAAACUCAGAUAUUGAAUCAGUUGAUGCUCCAGAAUACAUACAACUGAACCCAAGUCUUGAAGAAAACUUAGUGCAGGAUGUCAUGAAAUCUGGGAUUGAUCAUUUGGAAGUUUCUCUUCUUAAAGAGGAGUCGUUGCAGAUACUCAAGGCUAGGGAAUCUGGGGUUGCCUAUAUUCUUGGGCAUUCUUAUGCAAAAGCAAAGAAAUCUUCUUCUCUUUUGAAGAAAUUUGCUAUCAAUGUUGUGUAUGCCUUUCUAAGCAAGAAUUUUAGGGGACCAGAUAUUGUUCUAAAUGUGCCUCAUACUUCUCUGCUGGAGGUUGGUAUGAUUUACCAUGUCUAAUUUGUAUAGGGGAAAAAAAAAAACUUACCCAUCACACGUUCUUCCUCUGCCUCUAAGAAGGAACAAGACAGAGGGAGCAUUUUUACUAGUCUGACAAGAUAAUGAUCUGCUCGACUGGUACAUGAUCAAGAUGACACCUCACAAUCAACCAAGGAGCUCCAGCUUGAUCAGAGAUUUAAAAGAUAAUCCCCACCCCCCACCUUUUCAUGUAGUUUUUUGGUUUUUAUGAUACACUUGCUUCUGAAUGUAAAUUGUGCUUAUAAUUGUUUUGUUGGAGAAAAGUAAAAAAAUCAUCUACGAAAGUCCAUCUUGACUUGUUA